CAGAGAGAAGCAAUUGACUGCAACAUACUUCUGGGGUCUCCUGGCAACAGUCCUGACGCAGAAAUCUCUUGUCUGCUCCCAGUGUGAGAGACGACCACAACGAUCAGUGAAGGUAGGUGCAGGGGCACAGUCAGCAUCACACACACACACACACACACACACAGUCCCUGGGCAUUCAGGUGCAGUAACCUGCGACGUGAGCAGUGAUCAGUUGCAUCUCUUACUACUUCACCAGGACAGCGUUGCAACUAAACCCAGGUUGCAAGUCACAGUCACAACAAUACAUUAUGGCUGACUGGCUUGGGCCAAAACUUGAGGUUUUCGAAGAUCGACGGGAUGUUCCAGAGAGUCCGAGCGACGAUCAUCUACGGAGUCUGAAGGCACUCACCCAGAAACUGAGGCUUGAAACCAGAAGACCUUCCUACGUAGAGUGGAAAGCAAAACUCGAAGGGAAAGAUUGGAAAAGCUCAAAGCCAUCAGGAGACCAAGAGCUCCCAGACAUAAAGAAACCCACUGAGGAGAUCAGCAAGUUUAAAAGAACACAAACGCACAUCAAUGGCAGUUCAGUUAUAGAUGGCAGCUUGACCUCCGGAAAAUUCAGUGGCUUUGAAAAUAUCGACGAGGCUCUGAACUGGCUCAGGAAAGAACUGACAGAAAUGCGGUUGCAGGACCAGCAGCUGGCAAGACAAUUGAUGCGCCUUCGCAGCGAGAUAAACAAGCUGAAGAUAGAGCAGGCCUGCCACUUACACCAGAGGAUGCUCAAUGAUGCCACCUAUGAGCUGGAGGAGCGGGAUGAACUCUCAGACUUAUUCUGUGACUUCCCAGUCACCAAUGCCUUCAAGUUGUCUGCGCCGCUCAAACUGAUCGGUGUAACAAAAAUGAAUAUCAAUUCCAGGAGGUUUUCCUUGUGUUAAAACACCAAUAGCAUAGUCAAAGUCAUAAGAGUGAAAAAUGUAUUGUUCCAUAAUGAUCACAUAUGAAAGGUUGUAGUGCCACCCUAUGGUCUCUUCAUUCGGACACCGUAUUCAUUUUUAAAAAUUGUAUUUUAAAUUGCCUUUCCCCCUCUUGAGAAACUUACCUGAACAUGCAAGAGCUGUGAGUGAGUGUUGGCGUGUUACUGGGAGCAGCACAACCAUGCCUGAUCUUGGCUUCCACUAACACAUAUACCAUCACAACUUUCAGACUGCACAAUAGCAAUCAUGAGAAACUCCUGGUUGUUUUAUCCCUUUCUUUGCUCAGAAGUGCUAAGGGUGUCUGUAGGCUUUCCCGGUGCCUCAGCUGUGAUCAACUAACACAGCACAGACCUAGGUUCAAACCAUUGAGUCACUGGGGACUCUGAUUAAUCAAUUUUUAAGCCUAUUGGCACUUUGGUUUCUCAGUAAGACUGUGAGGCCAUCAAAUGUUUAGAGAGGAGAGAAAUGUGUUGCUUAAAAAGUACCACCAAAUAAAUUGAUUUCAAAAUAAACUGGCUAAAAAUGUCCAGUACUGUCGGAAAAUCUAAUUUGGAAUUCAGAAAUUGCUCAAUUACAACUUCGAUACACUUCUAUCUGUGGUGAUUUCCUUUCCCAGCGAUUAUCAAACUAUCUGAUGAGGUUAGAACCAGACUUGUGAAACAACAACAACAAAAUUACAUUUGUGUAGCGACUUUCACAUCGGGAGGACGUCCCAAGGCUCUGGAGGAAUGGGAUGAACUCUCGGACUUAUUCUGUGACUUCCCAGUCACCAAUGCCUUCAAGUUGUCUGCCCCGCUCAAUCUGUUCGGUGCUACGACAGUACUACAACAACAACUACAACAAAAGAACUGGGUAAAUUAUCCAGGCAGCUUGUGUCCAUGUCUAGUAACAUCCUGAUCUGAUUGAUCCUCACAAUUGAAGUCUCUGUCUAACAAAAAGCAAGUUUUUGUUCAAUAAUGGACAGAUGGUUCUUGAUGUAUUCAAACUGUUCAUUGUAAUGGCAGCCUGAAUGCAAGGUAUGCAUUACAAGCUGGUGCCACUACAUAGAAUAGAGCUUUCGAUUAAUACUCAAGUUGCAAAUAAAACGGACAGGUGAAAUGUUUAACAAGAAUGCAAGAAUGUUAAAGGUUAAUGAAGACUAAAAAAAGCCUUGGUAAUCGUAGACUGGUUUCGUUCAACUGCUUGAGAGAGAUAGAGCCAAGUAAUAAAGUGAACUAUUAGCUUUUAAAACUGGUAGAGACUAUUGUGUUUAUGCUAGUAGGUAUUAAAUACGGAGGUGUUGUCAUGCGCUUUGAAAACCAGGAAUAGGUUUUCAUUAAGUAAUUCAUUUAAUUUCACUACACAAGCGAUCCCCAUUAAAAGUGAUGGACUCCAUUUAUUUGCUGCACUAUCAGGGGAGUACAGUACUGCACACCCUUGAAUGUAUUUCCUCAUGAAGUAAAAUUAGAGGGACACAAACAAAACUUGGCUGGAGGCAUUUUCCUUUUAAAGUGCUAAUCCCAUCCACGAGGUUAUUACCACAGUGAUCUAGUAACCAGAGCAUUGACUCUGAACAAUGUCCAAACUUGUUAGGCAACUGUAUUUCCCACUCUGAAGAAAGAUCUUCAAUGCAUAGAAAUAUUUGAUGUUUUGUUGUGGAUUGCCUAUAUAAAAAUGCUAAGAAUACUUUGAAUGUUGACAUGAAUGAAGCUACAUGCAAAAUUAAUUGUGCAGGUUUAAAGUAAUAGUUGGCAGAAUUAACGCAAAACAGGAAAACCUCCAAAAGAUACUUGACUGGAUCCAGUAGUAGCAUCCAAUAAGUGACAUAACUAUAGUACACUAAGCCAAGAUACACUGCUGGUAAUGUACCAAGGGUGACAUGAAUGCUGAUGUUCAUUGGGAACAUCUUAGUGCCAGAUUGAAAGUUUUUUUGUUUGCAACUGAAAAUAUAUAAAAUGCCUGGGGGAUGUUGAAACAUCUGGACCUUGUGCAUUGUACCUGCUUUUAAUUCUUUGGGGUUUGGGGCCAAAUAAGGAACAACCUGAUGUAAUGCCCAUUCAAGAGUAAGAAAGUUUGUAAAUUGGUUGAUAAAUCUCCAGACUAAUUGUCAGUGAGUCCCACCCAGCAAAUAUAAUUUUCCUCAGUUGCAAUUGCUUUGUUGUGCCAGGUUCAAAAUUAAUUAAAAAAAACAUUUUGAA